AUGAAUGAAGCAAAUCGAAGUACUCGAGUUGUGGAGUUGUUUCCAAAAGGUCAUGAUCCAGCUGUUAACACAAACGAUCCGAAUGUCGCCCAAUUCUCUGUAAUACCUGGAAUACAGGAAGAAAUCAUUGGGUUCAUUAGGAAGAAACUGCUGAAUUCAAUUCAACUUCAACAAUUUAUUGUGGAGAGAGAAAUUGAAUUCAAUGAGAAAUAUAUUGGAUUGUUGACGGAGAAUAAUACAAGUCGAUACAAUAAUCACAACGAUUUGGAAGAAGAAUGUCAAUUGAAUUUGAGAACAGAGGAGAGAGAAACUCAAUUGGAAACAUUUAGAAAUCGGUUGAAUGGAUUGAGAACUCAACUUCAAAAUCUGGGAAGAAGAGAACAAAAAGCUUGUGAUUAUCUCAGUCAACCAGUUGCACAAUUCUCGGUUUUCGGAUGUCCCGAUUCGGAAACAAAUCGCUACAAAAUCACGGAGAAAUCUUGGAUUUGUUCAGUGAACAAAUCGAUUUCUCUUCAAAAAAUCCAGCUGAUUUGUGAGAAAUUGACUGAAGUUGAGGUGGAAAUGGAAGCAACAUUUUGGUCAAAAGAAGUGUAUUGUCUUCUUGAAAAAUUGAAUAAAAAAGAAAAGUCGGUGGCAAUUGGAGUUAUUAUUGAUAUGGCUGAUUGGGCUUCUUCCCUUCGUACUUAUUUGGUGACUUUGUUGUGUUAUUUACUUGAGAAGGAAGAUGUCGCGGACACAGUUACUAAGUGUUUCGAAGAGUUUAUUGAGAAAGAUAACGAAAUUGAGACAGUUAUGGCAAUUACUAGAGUGAUGGUUUCCAUAUUUUUACAUUUGAAUGCGAGUGGGAAUGACAAACAAGAGACGUUUGGGCUUGUUAUAUUAAAAGGGAUAAUUGAAUUGUGUGACAGUUCUGAGCUGAAUCCAAGUCAUCUGAUGGUGUUGAUUAAGACGAUAGAAUCGAUUGGGUCGAAAUUGGAAAGUGUUUCCAAUGUGAAGUUCCAAGAAGUUUCAACUCGGAUUGAAUCGAAAAUCCAUAUUCUGAAGAGAUCCCAACAAUCACGUGCAAGACGCGUACUGAAAAUGGAAUCCCCUCCAGCAUCGUCUCCCCCCAUCCCAGAAGUUCCUAUUCCUUCGUCAUCAUCUCUUCCCAUUCCUGAACUUUCGAGCACUCUGUCGUCGGCUCGUGUCAGUAUUCGAAAUCUCACUAUUAUUGAACAUAUGGAUGGAUAUGAUGAGAAUAGUGUGAAUGAAGUAUUGGCAAAACAGGAAAGAGAACGGUUGGAGAAAGAGAUUAGACUGAGAGUUGAGGCAGAAUAUCGAGAGAAAGAAGCGAAAAGAAUUGCAGAAGAAGAAGCAAGGAGGAAUCUGGAGAGGAUGCAGUUAGAGAGUAGACAACGACAGGAGAAGGAAGCAGAAGAAGCCAGAAAACAACUAAAAAAGGAAUACCGAAGAAACAAUCCGUGUACUUUUUUGAAAAAUGUUCAACUCUACAUGCAUACUCGACCAAAUGAAGCAUUUAAUGAGCAUGUGUUCGACGGAAGAAUCAUGGGAUUCUAUUUCUCCGGGGCUUGGUGUCCAGGAUGCCUAUGGUUCACUCCGGUUCUUCGGAAUUUCUAUUCUCAAGUGGAGGAAGAUUUCGAGAUUUUAUUCAUUUCGGCGGAUGAAACUGAACAGCAAAUGAAGUUGUAUCAGCAACAGUAUCAUGGAAAUUGGUUCCAUUUACCUUAUAAAUCGCAACUUGCUAAUCAUUUCGAUUCUGCUUUCACGGUCAAAAAGAUUCCUACUCUAGUUAUAAUGAAACCGAACGGAGUCAUCUUGAAUCCAGAUGCUGGUCAAGAAAUUCAAAAUUGUCAGAAUCCGAAGGAGUUGGUGAAUCGCUGGAAGAACAGUUAG